UAACAAAGCGGAAGUGAUUGUACAGUACAAUUAUAGACCUCAACAACAUGGACAUCGAACAAGUGUAAUUCAUCGUGACUGUCAAAUUGAUGUCAAAUGGUAUACAUGUUCCAUGAAAAGUGCUUUACAGCCGCAGAUUGCGAUCGAUUCCUUGCACAAUGGCAGCCACCACGGAUGAUAACGUGAAACCUCUACAGACUGCAAUGAGACUGGUUAAGACUGCAAUACAAUUGGACACAGUAAACAAACACAAGGAGGCGUACUGCGAAUAUUUGAGGAGUGUCAACUAUAUAUCCCACGCCCUUUUGGAGGAUGCAUCUUCAAAACAGGAUGAAAUGGGAAGCAUGGAAGUAGAGAAGAUGCUAAAACUGGCCGAACAGUGUCUGGAGAGAAUCAAGUCAUUUACUGCAAAACAAAGUCAGCCUCCACCCCCGGCCUCUACACAUGCAACCAACCAGACGUGCUCUAUCAGCCUCCCCCAGGCCAACACUAUGCCAGCCACACCAGAGAAGACAGUGAUCUUGAAUGACGCAGAGUCAGACCUACAUUGUAGACCAGAUUCUGGUGAUCGGCUCAGGCACCGCCGUGUCCUAUCGGAGGGAGAGGGGGCGACCACCCCCUUUCUACCCCCUGAGAUCUUCCAGAGGCUGCAGACAGUGGAGACUUCAGACAAGAAGGAACUCACCCCUAUUGAGGAGGCGUCUCGCCUUAAUCAGAAGCUGAAGGCAAACUAUGAGGCUCGCCUGGCUAGACUUUCUCCAGGUCAGGCAACGCAGAAAACAUCACUGACCCUCUCCCUCCAGCGACAGAUGAUGGAAAACCUCAUCAUCGCCAAAGCCAGACAAAAUGCUCUCCAGAGGAAGAUGGAGGAACGCAGACUGAGACUUCAGGAGGAGGCCAACAAGAGAUUUGCUUCCUCUGGCACAAUGUCCGCAGAUGACCAGGAGCAGCGCUUGCUGUAUGCUAACGUCCUUGAAUAUGAACAAGAUCAUGACUGGCCAAAAGUGUGGAAGGCAAAUCUGAAGAAGAAUCCUGAAGAUCCCGCUUUGGUCUCCGGGCUUGUGAACUACAUGCUUAGCUGCCCUGACCACCCUGUGGUGCAGCUGCUCCACCGGCUCCAGUAUCGCAUCUACAACCACCUCUACCCCAUAAUCAGCAAGUGUGCUCCCCAGAGCCCAAUGGUGGGCAUCCCGAUCAAGCCCUCGCGCAGUGCCUACAGCCUGCUGCUCCAUCCGGACGGUUCCCACGGCAACAACCCAGGCAUGGCCCGUUCUCUGUCGGACAUGUCGCUCUCGCACGACCACAGCUCACACGACCAAAGCUCCCACUAUGAAGAGACGGAUGGCGAGGACCAUGCCUUGCCUGACCACGAGAACUCCUUUGAGGACCUGACGCAGUUCCUCACGCAAAUGGACUGGGGCCAGCGCACUGACCUGGACUUGACCUCUGACCACAUGCAGGUGGAGGUCGAGUCCCACAUCCAGCACCAGGAAGAACGGGCCCUCAAGGAACACUUGAAGACCAUCGUCAAGGACAUCCACAAUGCCAUUGAUCGACUGUUAUCACUGUGUCUGCUGUCGUUUGAAUGCCUCAACACUGCGAACGCCAAAGACCAGUGUGUUGCCAGCGUCGAGGAGGCUUUCUUUGCUCAAUUAUGGAGUCCCCUUUUGGCGUUAUUCAGAAGGGUGUACCAUGAGCGAGAGCUGGCCUUCGAGAUCAGCGUCAGGCUGUACCGGGAUGUGUUGCCAGGUGACCUUGGCAUCCCACCAAAACUCUUCCCCACUGACCCAUCUGUGCUGAAUGGUUUGUACCCAUAUGAGCUGGCAGUGCAAGAGCUGAAGACGCUGUGCAGGGACUGCUGUCCACAGAGAAAACUGGAAUGCAUUGUAAGAGCACUGAGGCUCAUCUGUGCGUGUGCUGAAGACUACCGCUGUCUCAAUGAGGACAGCUCGCUUCCCAAAACAGCUGCUAUAGGUGCAGAUGACCUGUUGCCCAUCCUGUCCUUCGUUGCCCUGCGCACAGAGCUGCCCCAGCUGGUGUCUGAGUGUGCUGCUCUGGAGGAGUUCAUUCACGAGGGGUACCUGAUUGGUGAGGAGGGUUACUGUCUAACUUCUAUGCAGAGCGCGCUGACCUAUGUAGAAUCACUGCACACCUUGACCACGCCACUGGCCAACACUAAUCUCAUCUGACCGGUGAGGCCUCAGAAACGUGCUCAAGGAGUGUUGCUGACAUGGCAUGCUGUUACUGGGAGGAGAUGAGGUUCCUGUGAUGACUCAGUCGAACCCUACACAGG